UCACGUGGCCCAACAGGCUGUGUUGUCAGCGUCCAAAAUGAAGUCAAAGCUGUCAGUUUGUGGCCUUGUAGGUCUACUGCUUAUAUCAAGUCUAUUAGUUGUUGAGGAAUGUCUGUGCAGCGUAGAUGUGCAUCUGCAUUUCCGAAAGUAUGUCAACGCCAAAGGUGUAACCUACGACAACCGAUGCUGCGAUGAAAAUGAACAACCCGCCUUCGGCCACAUGUGUCCAAACCAAUGCGACACACAGUUCAUUCUCUGUCUAGGCAGUUUCGUCAGUGGCAAAUGCAGCGGUGCGUACAUCGCCACCGAUGUCACAUACGACGCCAACAACGUCACCUUCGACGACCACAUAGGCAACCAAACGCUGAACCCCGUUGUUCUGCACCUACCUGACUGGCAUCCACAAGGCACCGGGACGCCUUUCUUGAUAAACGUGAUGGACAGUAAUACUGGCUCUUCAGACGUCCCCAUUGACGUGUUCAACACCACCCUUACAACUCCCUUGACAACGAACUCCACUGAUGUGGUCUCGCUGACGUUGACUGGCACGAGGACGAGUACUGUGCUAGUGUUAGACGUCAACGUCGGGUGCACCCCGAACUACUACGGCCAUGACUGCUCCAUCAACUGCACCACCACCUACAUUAACUCCUACUGCGACCAUACGACUGGGAUCAUUCACUGCAACAAAGGUUGGCACGGCGACAAGUGUGAAGAGGACAUCGACGAGUGCUCCAAGUCUCAACUGAAUCGAGUAUGUCCGGUUAACAGCACAUGUGCAAAUUCCGCCGGAAGUUACACGUGCACCUGCAACGAAGGCUGGACAGGGCUAUCAUGUAACAUAACCCAAUCAUUGUGUGCUACUAACCCAUGUAAAAACAAUGGUACCUGUGUCAGUGGCUCUAUAACGUUCUCCUGCAGUUGUUCGCAAGGGUGGUCAGGGCCGACCUGUGAGACAUAUACCCCCGGGUGUGACCCCAACCCAUGUUAUAAUGGGGGUAUAUGUGAAGUGUCAUCUGGGAGAGUUGUGUGUGGGUGCACGGCCAGUUGGACAGGAGACAAUUGUACAGAAGAUGUCGACGAGUGUAAGCUACUUCCUUGUGCAAAUGGUGGAACAUGUAGCAACGAACAGGGUGGAUUUAACUGUACCUGCCCAGCAAAGUGGGUGGGGGAGCGAUGUACAGACCUCAACCCCGUGUGUCCUCCUGGUCAGUGUAGGAAUGGGGCUACUUGUAUUAACCACAUGGAUAUGUACGUUUGCGCAUGUCCCGAAGGCUGGACAGGGACCACGUGUCAAACACUACUUUACAGAUGUUCCCCAAACCCUUGUCAAAACGGCGGCAGUUGUUUUCUAAACGAUACCACGUUUAACUGUGCGUGUGACCACCAGUGGAAAGGGACGCUCUGUACGGAGUCCAAUGAUCCAUGCGCUCUCAGCACAUGUCAGAAUGGUGGUACUUGCGUACAAGCUAACGAGAAUACUUCAACCUGUGCAUGUGCCCCUGGCUGGUCCGGACUUAAAUGUGAGACUUUCAUCGGUUUUUGUCGCAACGACCCAUGUCUAAACAACGGCACAUGUUUUGACGGAACAUACACCUAUCAGUGCGUCUGUGAGUCUUCCUGGCAUGGAGAUUGCUGUGAAUUAGAUACCAAUGAAUGUGAGGCAGGUGCUUGUGUGAAUGGCGCUACGUGUACCAAUACCCCUGGAGGGCUCAUCUGUAACUGUUCUAGAGGCUGGACGGGGAAUAACUGCUCAACAGAUAUAAAUGAAUGCCUAUCAAAACCAUGUCUGAACCAAGGCGCCUGUGUCAACUCACUGGGCAGCUUUCACUGCAUCUGUAGCUUGGACUGGUCAGGAAGCAUGUGCGAACAUUUCAUCGGGCCAUGUCACGGAGGCUCAUGUGACAAUGGGGGCACGUGCCAGGGCAACGAGACUGGUUCCUGGUGCGUCUGUCCGUCUGGCUGGACCGGAGCUCAUUGUGAACAAGAUAUCGAUGAGUGUAAACUGAACCUUUGUGAUCAUUCCACAGGAUGCAGAAACUCCAACGGCAGCUACCAGUGUGAGUGUAUGUAUGGAUGGAAGGGACAGAAGUGUGACGAGGACAUUGAUGAAUGUUUACUUGGUAUUUGCGUCCACGGCAGUUCAUGUUAUAACUAUGACGGCGGAUAUAACUGUAGCUGUAGCCCUGGAUGGAAGGGGUUGACCUGUCAGUACAGACAAGAUGCCUGUGCUCCACCCAGUCCGUGUGGUAACGGGGCAACCUGCUCCAACACUAACGAGGGCUACAGAUGUCACUGCCCAGGUGGUUACAACGGACAACAGUGCCAGACACAAAUUGAUGAAUGUUCGGCCGGACCUUGUCAGAACAAUGCGACGUGUCUGAACGUUCCAGGAGGGUACAAGUGUACCUGCAGCAGCUACUGGACAGGCCACGACUGCGCCAUUGACGUCAAUGAGUGCCUCAAACCGCAGUGUCUCAACAACGGCACAUGUGUCAAUUACGAUGGCGGAUUCCGCUGUGCGUGUCCCGGCAACUGGACAGGAAGUGUUUGUGCAGAUUUCGUUGAUAACUGUACCUGGAAGCCAUGUUUAAAUGGGGGCAGUUGCACUGACCUCUUCUACAGCUACAACUGCUCCUGUCCGCACGGAUGGACCGGUCAGCGAUGUGAUGUGGCUGUUGACCUUUGUGCAAACAGUCAGUGUAGUCAGGGGUCAACUUGUUUGGAGGCACAUGGUCAAGUCACGUGUAUCUGUGCGUCUGGUUUGACUGGUCCAUUGUGUUCCACCACGAUAGACCCGUGCAUGGGCACCCCGUGCUCUAACAAUGGGACAUGUGUCACAAAAGACACAACCUUCGUGUGUAUCUGUGUUCAUCCUUGGUCUGGGACCCACUGUGACAUGAAGCUUAAAGCUACAUAUGCGUCUUCACCAACUACUGUGUCAUCUACAAAGACCUCAACAAGGUCGACAUCAUCUACACCGAGGUCUACUGCAAUUAGAUAUUCGUCCACAGGACCAGGUAUUUCCUUUCAUGAAACGCCCAGCACCACACCCCUCCCCACAUCUGCUAUCCGCAGAACAAGCACCGUGACUACACGGUCUACAUCUUUAACUACCCCUCAAGUCACAACAGCAACGCCAACGACAACAUGUUCAACAACAUCAGUAGUGCCAGUUAGUCAUUCAACGCCGAUGGAAAUAAACACAAGUGCAAAUGUUCGAUCUGAUCAUACAGCCAGACAAACAAGUUCGACAAAGAAACUCCCCAAACACCCUAAAACAGGCCCAUCGAGCAUGCCUCCAACAAUACGUCCAUCAGAUAUCUAUACCAUCCACUUCAAGACGGCGUUGUCAUCAGCAGAUGUCGAUGAUGUCGUUGCGAGUUUAACCACAUUCGCCAAGGAUCACAUUUGCCUCCACAACCUCCCCCACGUCCUUCCUCAGUCUCACACGGCGAAGAAUGCCAUCUCCUUCGGCGUUCUCUGUGGCAGUACCCAGGAAACCACCAGUGACAUACAGAAAGCAAUCUCUUCAGUCAAAGAAGAAGACUUUCAGAAACUGUUUUCCAAACAGCUUGUUUCAAGAAAUACUGAAAACGAUGACAAUUCGUCAAAGAAGACAGUAAUCAUAUCAGUGUCUACGUCAGUUGGAGUUAUAGGAGUCGCGGUCAUCGUUAUCAUCAUCAUCAUCAUCUACAGGAGGCGACGACGGCGGACUGCAGCAAGCGAGUACGGGUACAUGAACGAGGAUAGCAAGAUGUGUUUCAGCAAUCCCUCCUAUGGACAUUUGUCAGACAUCUGAAGAUUGUCUUUUGUGUAAUAUUAUGUGAAAUAAAAUAUUUUUUCUAUUUUA